CAGCUACAGACUCGGGUUUCUAGUCAGGUCUCCGCAUCGCACACUUUGCCUGUGCGGCAUUGACAUCAUCAUCAUCGCACCAAGAUGACGCUCAUAUAUGCCCUUGUGGCCAGGGGUGAGGACGAACGACGCAGGAGCACCACAUUGCUUGACUCUCUGUGCUUGUGUGUAUCCGUCCGUCCAGGGAGGACGGUGUUUGCGGAACACACCGACAAGUGAGUCGUCUGACAGGCGGGGGAGGGAGGGAGGGGUGAGGAAGAGAUCCAUUGAGAUCUGUGUUGCUUGUCUGUCUGUCUGUGUAUCUGUCUGAAGGAUUGGCAACUUCACCACAGUGACACGGUGAGCAGGACACAGGGGAGUUCACGGAUCACCAAACCGUCGCAGUCUUGAAACACUGCGUGUGACGUUGUUGUUUCGUUCUCUGCAGUGUGCUACUGGGGAAGCUGCCGGAGGACCCGCCGCGAAUGUCGUACCUGUACGAUGGGUAGGCCACUGAUUCAUCCCUGCCCCUCACGACAGACAGCAGACACCUCACUCAGCACGGUGUGUUGCUCUCUGUCUGCCUGUGCGUCUGUCUGCAGGUACGUGUUUCAUUAUCUGUACCACGCGGGCCUCACGUAUCUGGUCAUGUCGGAGCGGGAGGCCGGCAGGCGGAUACCCUUCGCAUUCCUGGAAGACAUCAGCCAACGGUACGGCAGACACACACACACACCGAUCGAUCGACCGAUCAGGUGGCACAUGAGCGAAUCGUGGACCUGCAACCGUUGCAGGUUUGAGUCUUCGUACGGUGAUGUGUAUCGCCACGCCAUUGCCUUCGCCAUGAACGACGAAUUCGCACCCGUCCUCGCUGAACGAAUGGUAGGCAGAUCAACACUGACACGACAGUGCCCUACGCACACAAUCAGUGGUCGUGUGUUGUGUUGUUCUGUGUGUUCACCUACACACACCAUCAGUACUUCUUCAACACGUCCCCCGGGGCAGACGAGUUCAGCCGCGUGAGGUCGCAGAUCGACGAAGUCCAAAACGUCAUGAUGGACAAUAUCGGUACACACACACACACGUGCAUCUCUCGGGGGCAUACUGACUGUCUGCCCGUGUUGGGUGUGUGUAUGUGUGCCGCAGAGCGGAUAUUGCAGCGUGGCGAGAAGAUCGAUCUGCUGGUGGACAAGACGGAGGACCUCAACAGGAGCGCAUUUGAGUUCCGGCGGGGCGCGCACCGACUCAAGCGGACCUACUGGUGGAGAAACGCACGGCUGCUCAUGGCCAUGAUACUCGGCGCCGCGGUAUGCGUGUGGCCACGAUAAGUGUGGGUCGGUCGUGCAAUGUGUUGUGCUGUGUUGUGUGUGGCAGAUCUUGAUCUUUAUCAUCGUGACGUGGUCGUGCGGUGGCUUUGACUACCACCGAUGCAGACCACGACACAAGUGACUCCGAGUGAUCCGUCAGCGUCAGCUGAUGUGUGUGUGGUCGUUCGUCACCGAGUACAGGCAGAGAGGGAGGGAGGGACCCGGGGUGUCAGUUAGUGCUGUAAGUAAGGUGUAGGCAAGUGUGCAAUGUCAGGUUUCGGUUCCGGUUUCGGUUUCGUUGGUGUGUAUAAGGGUCAGCAUCGGUGGAUGCUCGUGGUGUUUUUCGUGGAUUAUAUCGGCCGCCUGUCUGCCCGUCCGGCUCAUGGGUGGCGGCGAGAGAGCAAAAGCGGUCUGACUCUUUCUUGGUGAUGCCGUGAAUGCGUGUGCCAAUCCCG